AUGCUAAACAUCGAUCUAAUCUCAGUGGCAGUUGCCUCCAAUAGUGGUAGCGGUAGUGGUGAUGGGGAUAGUUUUACUUUGCACUUGCUACACACGAAUGAUGUUCACUCGAGGUUUGAACCAUUUACAAGUAGGAACACGAAAUGCAAUCCGGAGGAGCUAGAUAAUUGUUUCGGCGGAGUAGCGAGAAGAGCCGGCUUCAUUAACAUGAUGAAAAAAGAACUGGGCGAGAUUAUGCUGCUUGACGCCGGCGACCAAUUUCAAGGUACUCCGUGGUUUUACUUCUACAAGGGUCAUGAUUCUAGUCACUUCUUAAACGAAUUGAAAUACCAGGCUAUGGCCUUAGGCAACCAUGAGUUUGACAACGGUGUUGAAGGAUUGAGAAUGUUUCUCGGCAAUGUUACUGUUCCAAUCCUCUGUUCGAAUCUUGAUCUCACAACGGCCCCAGAUUUUAUGAAAAAAGUGAACGAACGUAUUGAGAUUACCUACAAGAACCACAAAUUCGACGUUGUUGGUUACAUUACGGACACUGUCGUUGAACUGUCUAAAACAGAGGACCUGAAAUUCUCAAACGAGCUUGAGAAGGUCAAGGAAGUAGUGACUGACCUCGUAAGGAAGGGCAGCAAGUUCAUCAUAGCCCUGGGUCACGCGGGCUACGAGGCCGAUAAGAGGAUGGCCAGGGAGAUCCCUGAUAUCGACAUCAUCGUCGGAGGUCACAGCCACACGCUGCUCUAUCACGGUUCGUCUGCUGGUGUGGAAGGCGACUACCCGACGGUCGUGAGGCACGCGGAUGGUAGGCGCACGUUGAUCGUGCAAGCCGGGACAGCUGGCAAGUGGGUGGGAGUCCUGAAUGUCGCAUUCGAUGAAGAGGGAAACGUCAAAAGUUGGAGUGGGAAUCCCGUUCUCAUGAAUUUGAGUAUCCCUGAAGACCCGGCAAUAGCAGCCCAGAUAGAAUAUUUGAACGGCAACCUAUCGUCCAUGUUCAAGAAGGUGCUCGGCCGCACUGACGUCUUCCUCGAUGCCAACGAUAAGAUCUGUCGGAGCCAGGAAUGCAACAUAGGUAACCUGUUCACUGACGCCAUGGUGAGUUUUUUCAAAGAGCGUAAUGCCAACGCAACCAUCGCAUUCAUUAACGGUGGAGGCUUGCGCGGUAGUAUGGAACGAGGUGACAUAACCUACACUGACGUCAUUACGACGUUUCCCUUCACUGAUGUCAUAAUGGUGGCCGAAACUUCCGGCAGGGCGCUGUUGGAGGCUCUACGUUAUUCCAUUUCUGAUUUCAAUCCUAACAAAGAAAAACACGGAAAAUUUUUACAAGUUUCUGGCUUGAAAGUCGUUUACAAUGCUGAGAACGAAAACAACACGUUCGUCGUAAGCGCUAAGGUACGUCCGGAUUACGAAGACAUUCGCCCGAAUGCUACCUACCGCAUUAUUACUGGAAAAUUUUUACUGGCAGGCGGGGACGGAUACACCAUGUUCAAAGGAAAUGACACCAGGAUCUUGGAAUUUGGUAGCUGGAACUUCUUUUCAGUUUCGGUUUCGGUCAAUUAA